CGACAAAUUUUGGAUAAACCACAUCACGAUAGAUCGCCGCUCUUCUUACUCUCAUGCAGUGACAUAAUAUGGCGAUAUAGGGCAUACGGUGGGGAUUCACCACGAUUAUUUGCGAUUUGGUACAAUCGCAAAAGCUAUAAUAAGGGGUACAGAAAUCUGCGGUACAUUUGGCUAACAGUGUCCAACCGGCCAGCAUCAGUCGUCGUGUUGUGUACUACAGUGAACAGUAAAGUAUUUUUAAUCUGGAGGACGGUUACGCAGGCAUCAAAGAUCGCUCUUCUCUUCGGGCUAAUCUAUCUGGUUAGCGGCAGAGUCAUCAACAGCUCUUUUCAACCACUUGGAAAACCUCGAACUACAUCGAGAAGCAACGAAUUGAUUGAUCAGCAAAAUUCACGAACGAGUGAUCAAGGAGCAAACAGAAAAGAAAGACUAUCCUUAGCAGAGUUCUCGACUUAUAGUUUGAAGGAACCAAAUGGACCCGGAACGUACGCUUUUGGCUACGAUAACGUGUUUGACGCGUUUGGCAAUCAACAGUUCCGCUCUGAAGAGAAAUUGCAGAAUGGAACAGUUAUCGGUGAAUACGGAUACACAGAUUAUAAGAGUAUGAAAAUCGUCCGCGUCACUUACACAGCAGAUACAAAAGGCUACAGGGCUAAGACGCAAGUGCUACCCUUGGAGACACCGCAGAUGCCAUGAAUGGAUCGAAAAUCCGUGGCAUCAUAAUUGUAAUUAUAAUAAAUAUCCAUGAAUAUGAGGGCAAAUAUUUAGCUGACAAAUAUUGUGAGUACAGAUUGCGGAAUCAAAGCUCAGAAUGACACAACGUACGCAUGAAAAUCAUUUCCGCGUUUAUUUUCUAUAAUUCGGGGGGAAUAUGGGGUUGUUUUGAAUACUUAUGUAGAUAAUAAAUGAUUGAGCCUACUGCCACGUUUGAAAUAACACAAUGGUUUUCACAGAUGAAUCAAAAAAAUACUCUAAAACAUAUCUGAAAAGGAGUUUCACGUUUAUAGACAAUCAAUGUUAGAGAUGAGAUCUUUUCAUCACAAAAAUGAGGCAUCGUCCUCUGGAACAAUCCUUAUGUGAGAGUCGAAGUUGUCUAAAUCAAUUCUUGACAUUCUGCUACACGUUCAGCAAACCUGAAUGACAAUUUAAUUUUGUAAAGUUUGAAUAUAGAUUAAUCAGUUACAUCUAUGAGUGAAAAACUUAUUUCUCUAAUGAGAUACAAUUUUUAGGGCCAUGGUAUCAGCAAUUAGAACCACCUGAAAUGACGCGUUUCCAAACCACCUUAAAUGAGGUAGCGUCCUCGGCUCGUUUCGAUUUUUUGCCCAAGUGGAACGAUCGCCAUAAGUACAGUUUGUAGAAUAUGUAAUACAUUAUAUAUUCUACAUACUGUGCCGAGAGCCCUAUGCAAACCACUAGCAGCUCAGCUUCCCGAAUCUGGCAAAGAAAAAUCUGAAACAUACGAAUAGAAAAAAAAUAGUAUAACAGAUAAUUUAUAUCAUAAUAAAGACAUGAUAAUACACAGUAGUCUUAAAUUUAGACAUGGCAUUUGCAUUAUGAAUUACACGGAUAGACGAACAUUGCAUGAAUAAAAAUCUUAUGGAUACAUGGCCAAUUAAAACUUGCGCAAGUCAAUAACACAAAGUUACACACAAAACAUGUACGUACAUGAAACACUACAUAAAUGACAUGAAACACGAAACACAACAGACAGAUACAUAAACAUCAUCAUUCUCAAUCAUCUUAUAAGUAAACAUCAUUAUCAAACAAAUAAUCAAUAGCAUAAAACAGUAAGAAAUAUAUGGGUUGCAACGGUACCAUUGCUGAAAAGAGAGAAAGCAUUUGUCAAUUAAUUGAUUAAACUCGAGAUCUGAAACAUACAAACAAGUGUAACAAACAUAUCAUUAGCAUAUAAAGAGAAAUUUUCUGUAAAGAUAAAAAAUUAUCGUUGCUAGGUAAAAUAAUUUCAGCUGCCAAAAUUUCUGGAUCCUGAUGUGCGCCACGACCUCCACAAUCGGAGACGUAUUCUUCUGAUUCCUGAAACAGAAAUUUCAAAUGUUAUGAACCCUUUGAGGCGAUGACGAUCCGUCCGAUUUCCCAAAUUAGAUAUUGAAGUAGAAGGUAUACGAGGUGCUGAUUCCUGAAAUCAGAAAGCAAACUGCAUAUUAGUAGCCAGGGACAGCCUGCGAACAAAAUUUGAUUAGUACGAUGACAUCCAGGAUCUGUAAGAAAACUUGGAGAGUUUUCCGAGACUUCGGAUCCUGAAAUCAGAAAGCAAACUGCAUAUUAGUAGCCAGGGACAGCCUGCGAACAACAUUUGAUUAGUACGAUGACAUCCAGGAUCUGUAAAAAAACUUGGAGAGUUUUCCGAGACUUCGGAUCCUGAAAUCAGAAAGCAAACUGCAUAUUAGUAGCCAGGGACAGCCUGCGAACAACAUUUGAUUAGUACGAUGACAUCCAGGAUCUGUAAGAAAACUUGGAGAGUUUUCCGAGACUUCGGAUCCUGAAAUCAGAAAGCAAACUGCAUAUUAGUAGCCAGGGACAGCCUGCGAACAACAUUUGAUUAGUACGAUGACAUCCAGGAUCUGUAAAAAAACUUGGAGAGUUUUCCGAGACUUCGGAUCCCUGAAAUCAGAAAGCAAACUGCAUAUUAGUAGCCAGGGACAGCCUGUGAAUAAGAUCUGAUU